GGCCCUUGAAUCUCAAGGCUUGAAAUGUACAAAAUGCAAAAGAAUGCAGUUAUAGCGCGAUGCGUGUGCCUGUGCGACGCGUGACCUGUCAACGUCGACGUUGACGUCGUCGUCAUCGUCGUCGCCGUCGUCGGCUCGACUCGGCUCGGCUGCCGAGCCUCGGCCGCGUUCGGUACCGCUCGACUCUCUCUGAGGGAGUACAGCGCCGGUGAGCGAGCGCUGGUGAGUGCUGGUGAGCGCCGGGCUCGGCCAUCGACGGCCACCGAGGAGAACGAGGAGUCUUGGAACGGUGCGGUCGUCAUCAGGCAGGGUGAGGAAAAAUGGCUGCCGCGGCGAAUGUUGCGCCGGAGAAUCAGUACUUCUACGAGGAUGUCGUCUAUCGCAUGGACAAACGGGGCAACGUCGUCUUCGGCAUCGUCAUGGAGAACGAUGACCUGGACAUGUCCGAGGAGAGCAGCGACAACGAGGAGAACCUGCCGAAGCGCAAGAAGGGCGAGAUCCGGAUGAUCUGGCAUCCGUCCGGCGUCGAGGAGUUGGUCAACUGCAAGAAGGUUCAUCUGGCUGAUAGGACACUCAUGCCUGGAGAUGUAGUUCGUAGGAUGAUCAAGGGAAAGGACACACAGAGAGGCUACUGCAGGGAUGUAGAGUUGACAGCCUGUGUACAGGUCAUCGGUACCAAACAGGUUCUUACGGAUAUCAAAAGUGAAGAUCUGAUUCCAUUGCAGGAAUUUGCGACAGAUAUGGCAGUGUGCAUGGAUUCCUGGGUUGGUGGCAUUAGAAUGACGCACUUUAAAUUAUGGCUGGUAACACCAGAUGGAUCUCACUGUGUCAUAAAUGAGAUGGAUUCCUGUGUAUUGGGACAAUUGGAGGAGGCGCGAGAUAGCGACAAUGAUUUUCCACACCCAACUGAAUUCUAUCCUGGUCAGAGCCUGUGGGGACCGGUUCACUGCCUGGAGGAUGCACAGUGGAUUCAGUGCACAAAGGAGAUGAAGGCGAAGAGGAAAUUAAAACCGCAAAAAAUAACUAAAGUGAUCGUGGAAAAGGUGGAGACCGAUUGGAUAGGCGUGCAUUGGCAGUGCCGGGCAUACUCGAAAGACGGCGCCUGGUCCGAUCAGGCGCAGCCAAAAUUCGUGGUCGAGGGUGAAGACCUGAAAAAAUUGAAACUGUUAAACGUAUUUGAGCCCUCGACGGUACAGGUCGGCAAUCGUAAUUUUUACAUCAUUAAGGGUAACGAGAACGUUAUUACUCGUGAGCAGUGGCGAAAACAACAGAGGGAUAUUUAUCAAGUUCCUAAGCAAAGCCCAAAAAAGACGCGUCCAAAUAUCACAGUGACAAAGUUGGUGGACGAUAAAAAGAAGGAGCAGAAGAAGGAUAAAACGUCUGAUCAACAACCGACAGACGAGAACGGUCAAAGUAACGACGGUCAUUCUCAAGAUACAGUAAGCAACAACGUUUUGUUGCUGCCACCUCAAAAUCAACACGCUGAAAGUUCGGACGAGUGGGAUACAGAAGAUACGGGUUCGCAAAGUGAUUCUGCUUCGGUCUCUAGCUGCUGUUCUAGCAUGUCAUCAGUGGGAAAGAAAAAGAAGGGACCUGCAUUGAUGACGAAAGUGCUGAAGAAAAAGAAAUUGCGAAAAGCGAAAAAGAAAGUUCCGCCUGUUCCAUUAAUUGCUGGGACUAAAAUAGUCGUAGAAACAUUGUCCACUAAUACAAAAGCGAAUGUGGUGUGGCAAGAUGGUUCAGUAGAAUUUGGAAUACCAUCUACACAAUUAUAUCCAAUUCAUCACUUGGAUGAUAAGGAAUUUUUCCCAGGUGACUUUGUUGUAGAUCAAAAAGAAGAAUCUAGAAUGUAUGGUGUUGUACAAAGUGUUGAUCAUCAAGGCCGUACUGCCAAAAUAAAAUGGUUCCGUACAUAUACUUCUAGUCAAAAUCCAGAGCCAAUUUUUCUGGAGGAGCGUGAAGUGAGCGUUUAUGACUUGAAGGAUCAUCCGGACUUUCAGUACAGACCAGGAACUCUGGUAAUUCGAAUAGCAAAUUUCGAAGGUGAAGACGCCGGAUGUACGGCUGGUCAAGUGUUAGAUAAUUAUCCAGAAGGACGAGUGAAAGUAUGGUGGAUCGACGAUCACAUUAGCAUGUGCUGGCCUCAAGAUCUGUACAAGGUUGGCGAGUACGACAGCGAUGAAGGGGAACUAUGGGACGACGUAUCGUCCGAUUCGUCGUGGGAGACGGAACUUGAAGAUUGCUUUAUCGCGGAUAACGAUGGCACCGAGCAGACGGAAUUGGAUAACAUAAAACCAAAAUUGGCGGCGCACAUCGAGAAAGCCAGAAUUGCAAUGUCAAGAUUGGAAGAGAUUUUUACACAAAACCCAUCUCUGCAGACAACCGAGGUGAUGAGGAAACUCCUCGAGGUCUACAAAGAUUGUCGUUACAUGGAUAAACUGAUGGGUACCGCAUUUUUCCACGAGUGCCACUUCCAAGGACUUCUCGAGCGAGUGAGAGAACGCGGCAGAGCGAACGUCGCGCAGCGCAUGGCGGAUCAAGUCACAAGGCUCUUUACGCCCAAAUCCGAAUGUCCGGAAGAUUCCGGAAUAGAUAAAGACGAUUCGAAGAAAUCGAGCAAUGGCGAAGAUCCGUGUGAGAUUAGCGUAGCGGAGAAGCAAAUCUCCACAAUUAUCAACGAAUCGCAGAACGACAAUACACCAAGUAUCGAAAGCAAUGCGAAAAAACAGAACGGUGAGGAGAAUAUUAAUCAAUUAUUCAUAUGUCCCAAUCCCAAUCCCGAGGAUUCUGGAUUAUACUCAGCGGAAAACUCAAAGAAGGAGUCGGGCUCGAGCGAGUCCAGCGGGGAAUUUCUUAUAAGUGAGGACGUCAAUAACGUUCCAGAGUGCUCGUCUACAAUAAACGGUAUGACCUCACCCGAGAAAACUGAGGUGAAUAAAGUGAAAAAAGUGCCGACGAGUUUGUUGACCUCUCAGAGCAUCGGUACGUCACAAGUAUGCGUCAAACUUUGUAAUUUGAUAAAAGCACAACUUGUAUUGGCGCACGCCGAGGUGUCCAAGAGAUUUGGUUUAGGAAAGAUGUCACUGUCGGACGCGGAGAAGACUUCGUCCCCGCGGAAAAAGCAGAAGGGCGAGGAGGAGGAACGUCCGAGCGAAACAUUGACGGAUCCGUCCUGUUCUAUCGAAAUUCCACCGACCGUUUACACCGAGGGCGAGGGUUUCUCCAUCGAAGAGACUGCACCCGACAGUCACAAAUUCAAGCUGACCAUGUUUCAGCCCACCGACCUCACCAACUUUUUCCGUACGGUCUCCAAAGAAUUGAAGCUGCUGAAGAGCUCGCUUCCGCCAGGUGUCUGGGUAAAGGGAUUUGAGGACCGUAUAGAUCUAUACUCCGUGAUGUUUCGUGGCCCCGAGAAGACGCCCUACGAAGACGGCCUCUUUCUUUUCGAUUUCCAAUUGUCCGCUGAUUAUCCGGCCGCACCGCCCCUCUGUCAUUACAUAUCCUACUGCAGCGACCGGCUGAAUCCUAAUCUCUACGAGGAUGGGAAAGUGUGCGUAAGUCUGUUGGGUACCUGGUCCGGUCGUGGCACGGAGAUGUGGACAAGCUCAUCGACUCUGUUACAAGUGAUAGUCUCAAUACAAGGUCUGAUACUCGUGAGCGAGCCGUACUUUAACGAGGCUGGCUUCGAAAAACAGAAGGGCUCACAGCAGGGACGUGAAAACUCGAGGAUGUACAACGAGAUGGUGGUGUUGAAGCUGGUGCAAGCACAGACUAAAUUGCUGCUGUAUCCACCGCCUGUAUUUAAGGACAUAAUCAUCGCGCACUUCAAAAAACACGCCGAGAAGUUGCUACAGAGAGUGGAGCUAUGGAUGGAGAUAUCUGAGCAACAUAACAAUCAGCAUCCACUGUCUCCGGUUACUCCCACCACGUUUAAAAAAAUUGCAGAUAUUGAUGAGAAAGUAUUGCCCGAGUUCCCACUCAUCCCGGCGUCGCGCGGUUUUUGCAUAACUCUCCGCAAGACUUUAGCGACGUUUAAAGCAGUGCUCAUUAAACAAAGUAUAAUACAGAGGUCGGAUGACUGGCAGGACAAUGAAAACACCACGGAGUUAAUAAAUAAUAUUACAAAUCAGUGCCAAGAAACGUCUGAAUCUGUUGACGGUGAAGCAACAGAAUGUGACGAGAGUAAUAGUAACAGCAAUAGCAGCAGCAAUACGCAAGAGAAUAGCAAAAAGCUGACCUUAAAUGGCAAUCAGUUCAAGGAAGCGAUGUUACCUUCCGCAACGAAUAGUUCCGCCGCGGCGCCGAGUGAAACGAAAAAGAAUACUUCGAGCCAAAACACCAGCUAGCCACAAGGUAAAAGUAAGCAUAAGUUGAAAUGCUUAGCCCGUUUAAAUUAUAUGGCUAUUCGGUAAUAAAAGAGAUAUAAAUAUAUUUAUUGGAAUGCAUAUAUAUAUAUGUAUUCUAUAUUAUAUAUAUUUAUAUAUAAAUAAUAUAUAUACGUAUAUAUUUAUUUAUAAUAUAUAUAUAUUAUGUAGAUAUAAAAUAUAUGUAGUCUAUAUACAUAUAUAUAUACAUUCUCUAAUUUAUUGCAAACGGAAUUUUGAAUCACACACACACACACACACGCGCGCGCGCGCGCGCGCGCGCACGUAUACACACACUUGCGAUAUCUAUCUAUUGAUGGUAUUUAAUAACAAUGCGAUAAUUCCUAACAAAAGCUCCACGACAAUUGUUGCUCCACUGCUAGAGAAGUGUUUUGAGAAUAACCACGAGAAUAACCAUAGCGACACCUAAAAAGCGCGAUUAUAGUUAUAAAAAGAAAUGCAACGUGCGCACACGUACAUACAUACACGCACAUACAUGAUUUCGUAUACUAUCUAGACGAACUGUGAAAUUCACAUUGACAUCCGGGCGUCAACGUAAAAAAAAAGGGGAAAGAAACCUAUGUAAUACUGUUCUCGCAUUUAGUUCUGUACUUUUGAAGCGAAGGUAUUAUUUGCAUUGUCUAUGACAAAUAAAAGAAGGUAGGUUUAAUCUCAAUCUAACGAAGAAAAAAUAUAUAUAUAUCUUAAGAUAUAUAUAUUUUUUGCGAUAGUGCAGAAAUAUGAGGGAAAUUUACAUUUCUGUAAAAAAAAGGGAGAAAACAGCUAUGAAAGAUAAAGAUCAGUAACAAUAUGUUAGAUUGAUGAGAAAAUGUAAUAGGAAUUUAAAAGGUAACAAUACGUUGAUUCUGCGCAGCGCAUUUUCACGACUGCACUUUCACUAAUAAACUAUUAUCGGAAUCGUAAAUAGGUCGGUUAUUCUUGUCCAGGUACGUCUUGAAGUUAUUAUGCCAUCCAAGUAUUACGACUAUUCUCAAGCGAAGUGACUUUAAUCGCAGGCGUGUGAGAGGCAUAGCUUAGAAAAAAAAAUUCAUAUCUAGAUGAGAUCUCCACAAUGGCUAUGUCCGAUAUUAUGAAUUUUCUUAGCAUAGCUUGUAAAGGAUAGAAAUUUAGAAAUGAAACGCAUUAUCUUUAUUGUUAAUCUUCCGUUGUCGAGAUUUUCCAUACAUUCAACGGAGACAGUCUCCUUUCAUUCCUAUUAUUUUUUGAAGUAUAUCGCGAGGAAGGACUGAAUGUUUUAUUUCAGUAUAUCGUUUUAAUAAUUAUUAAUACUUAAUCGUGUUAAUAUGUUAAUAAAGGUGCACCGUAAACGUUAUACAUAUGCAUAUAUAUACAGUAUUAUUUAUUUGUUUUGUUUAGCGAUUUGUGCGUAAGGUAUCUUGGGCGAGGGAGUUGUUUUCUGCUGAAGUAUAUAAUUUAUGAUACUCAUAAAAAAAUGAUAGCAAGAUCAAAAAAAUAGGAAAGAUCUCCCAGAUCGAUUAAUUCAGAGUCGUGGCGCAAAACGCUAGUGUAAUAUUCAAAUAUUCGUCAGAAAUUGUUCUUUUUCUCUCGUCCUUUCUUACGAUCUCUCACAGGAAAUGUGUACUCGCUGUCGUUCAAUCGAUUAACGGAGCUUUCAAAGCGUCGAAUUUCCUACACGUCUUCGCUUAGUGAAAGACAGAUAGGAAACGCUCUGCGAGAAGUUUACGUGGUGCUGAGUAAAAUUAUAUUAGAAAAGACACAGGAAGAUGUCUACGGUCCUUGUUACGACUGUAAAUGAGUAUAUGCUAGUAGAAGCGAAGAGAGGCGCGUUGUGCGAAGUCGCCGAAACGUGAAACGGAAUUUGGAAUGCCUUGUAUAUGUGCCAGCUAUAUUUGUAUUGAUUACGGUAAUAAUAUCUGUGAGCCGCGUUCGAAGUUUUAUUUCACGUCGCACUUUUUCGAAAGAAAAAGGAAAAAGAGAUACUUGGCGAGAGAGAGAAAGAAAAGGGGCCGCCUGAAUGUGUUAGCGAACUACCACAAUCACAGUCGAUGCUAACUUCCAAGCGUAAAGCGUACACGUAAAAAAAAAGAAUGUAUUCUAGUCUAACGUGAAGUGUAUAUGGCGGAUUUUUAUUUAAUUUUUUUUUUUUUAUUUAUUUGAGACUAUGUUCUUCCCGCCUCUCUCUCAACGCUUUUUCGUUCACUAUCACUUAUUCGUCGUAAGUCCCCGCAUCUUAAAUUAAAUUCAAAAUUAUUUACUCUUAUUCUGAAAAUUGUUUUACAUCUGCGAAAUUCAGUUUUUGAAGGCGUGCACACACAUACACAUUCGUUAAGCUCAACUCGUUAUUUCAUCGACUACUGCAUUCGUAUCGAUCGAAUCGAAUAAUUGCAAUAAUUCUGUAAUAAUUUGCUAUGGAUGUAAUUCAGUUUCCUUAAUUUGGAUCAAUAAAAGAUCAUAAAAGAA